AUCCUACGAUAUCAAAUGACGUCGCGCGUGGAGAGCCUUUAGCAAGGUUAGCUUUUUGUUGUUUUGAUAUGAGGUGAACAUUUGAGUCUCUGCAGCAUUCAUUUCUUCAUUUUAGUCCAUGGGAGGGUUGUUCAGCAAGAGAAUACCUGCUGCUGCUAAAAAAUUAUUUACAGUUUGUAAAAACUCAUCGUCCAGUGACCAGUCCGUGGAAGAGAUCGGUGACGGCUGGAUGUGAGCUGGAAACCGCAGACCUGCACAGAAUGGAAUUCCCACUGCAUUAUGUCAUAAAAGAGGAGGAGGCGGAACUGACUGACGAGCAGCUCUGUAGCCAGGAGUCAACCUCCAGUUUGGACCAGGAAGAACCAGAACCUUCACUGAUCAAAGAGGAACAGCAGGAACUCUGCAUCAGUCAGCAUGAAGAAAGUGUUCCCUUCAUGGGGACGUCUUCUUCUGGAGAAUCAGACUUGUGUCAGGGUUCUACAGAAGCUGAGAACCAAGAUCACGAUGGACGCAGGAACAAAGACUCAGAAUCAAACAGCGAUGAAGAACUAAAACAAAAUAAAAGACGUAAAAAAACCAAAGACUGCCCCAAACUAAAAAUAUAUAAGAAGACUCAUGGAGGUGAGAGGCCAUAUUCAUGUGAAACUUGUGGGAAGUGCUUCUCUAAGAGUAGUCACUUGAUUGUUCACGUGCGAACUCACACAGGUGAGAAGCCGUAUUCAUGUGAAACGUGUGGCAAAUGUUUCUCUAAAAAUAGUCACUUGACAGUUCACAUGAGAACUCACACAGGUGAGAAGCCAUAUUCAUGUGAAGCUUGUGGUAAAUGUUUCUCUCGGACCAGUGAGGUGACUGAUCACAUGAGAACUCACACGGGUGAGAAACCGUAUCCAUGUGAAAUUUGUGGUAAAUGUUUCUCCCAGAGUAGUAAACUGACUGUUCACAUGAGAACUCACACAGGCGAGAAGCCCUACCCAUGUGAUUUUUGUGGUAAAUGUUUCUCUCGAAGUGGUCAAUUGACAAUUCACCUGAGAACUCACACAGGUGAGAAGCCAUAUCCAUGUGAAACGUGCGGCAGGUGUUUUGCUCAGAGAGGUUCCUUGACCAAACACAUGACGACUCACAAAGACGAGAAGUCUUUUCUAUGUUUGAUCUGUGGAAAGAGAUUCAGCCAGUUAUCAUCUUUUACUUCGCACAUGAAGAUUCACAUUUAAGAAUUUAUUCAUGAAAUAAAUAACACAACUCACGCAGCUAACAUUCUCAGACAAUGUGCCUGAACACCAGUUAGUCUGGAAAAGGAAACCAAAUAAUAUAAAUAGGGAUGUCCUGAUCAGGUUUUUUUUGCCUCCGAGUCAUUUGAUUUUGAGAAUCUGCCGAUACCGAGUCCGAUCCGAUACUGUCGAUACAUUAAAAAAGGGGAAGAAACGGUUCCAGAAUGUUCCUUAUUUUUUAUUUAAUUACCUUUUUAUUUUAAUUUUUAACAACAGAUCACUUCUGUGAGGUAGCUUAAACAAUCAAUAAAUAACAUAAAUUCUUCACUUUUGGACUGAAUUGCAAAUAUAAAAAGUCUAAUAUAAAAACAGAUCGCACUUCAACUUAAAAUACCUGGGGAGGGGUCUAUUUUGCCUCGGCCCCCAAAAUGCUUAGAUACGUCCCUGGGCAUGGGAUGGAGUUUAGAAGAUGAUCUAAAUUGUAUCAAAUACAUAAAUACUACAUGCUGAUAAGUUAUUGCUUUAUACAGGUACAAACGUGUAGUGGGAUCAGUCUACCUACAUUUUAUUUAUUUAAGAACUUUGUUUAGUUUUCUUGGUUUUUAUUUUCCUGUCUUCCUGUCCUGUCUGUCCCUGAUCUUCCUGCAUCUCCCAGUCCUCCAGAAAAACUCCUGCCUGCUUCCAUCUUGUAUACCUCACAAGUAACUUUUUAACCAGCAGAUCAAAUUGAUCUAUUGACCGCUAAAAAGCGGAGUGUGCGCCGCGCUGCCCGGCUGCGCCAGUGACGAGCGCUGCAGUGCAAGCGCGUCCACACGUCAUGCUCAAAUCCAGACAGAACUUACCAGAGAGAAAAUGAACGGACACGAAUGACUGUGUGUUAAAUAUAUAUUUUUGAUGACGCCACUUAGAAACAGAAAAUGUUACUGUGGCCGUGUGCAGACCGCAGCUGGAGAUCAUGAAUAAUCAGCGGUCUGCCUGCCGCUCUCUGCGUCUCUGCCCAAAAGAAUCCCCGCUACGCUGAGUCCACAUAAAUAAUAUAAUAUAGGUAGAAACUGGAUCUCUUUUGUGCUCCUUCUGGGUGUGUAAGUUAAGUGCAUCAUGGGUACCUGACAACCUUUAGGAGAACCAAGUUGCUCUCCUGUAAUUUGAACCCAGUAUCCAAGUCCGGAUCGGGGCUUGGAUCGGGAAGUAAAGCCCGAGUCCCGAUCAGUCUGAAACCACGUGAUCGGGGCCGAUUUCCGAUCAUGUGAUCGGAUCGGGACAUCCCUGAUUAUAAAUAUUUUUUAAAAGCUGCAGGAUGAACAUACUCUACUAUGGUUGUUCCCCAGUCUGCUGUGAUUGGGGACACUGACACCCCCACAUCCUUGCAUUUAUACUAAGGAACAUUCAGAACACCUCUGGCCAUUUUGUGCUUAAAUUAGCUGGACUUGGUUUUUACUGAUAGGACACGAAAACAUUUUUGUUAGAUAUUAACAAGUUUCAUACAUGAGCCAUAUUACAAAGCUCUAUGUUCAACUAUUCAUGUUAAAUUAUAAUACAUAAAAUGCAAUCAGACCAAAUGAGUAUUGGCUGACGUUUUUCUCCUGUUUCAGGUAGUUGAGUUGCUGAAGAUGUUUAAAACAGAAAUUAGAGAUUUAAAUUGUUGUAAUUAUCAGAAUACUUCAAUGAUUUCAUUAAUCUUGUAAUUUGUCAUUAACAGAAAUAAAGACCCAGUUGAUGAAAAACUA